GUUAACUUUCAUGCAUCGACUUGACGGAAACUCCCACCAGUCAUUCGAGUGCAACAUUAUUUCCUGCAACGAUGAUGCAAGGUGAAAUGAGAUGGUGUGUGUGCGUAUUAGGAGACGAUUAAACUCGUGUUUACAGCAUUUGAGUUGAACGAAGGGGCAUGAAAUAAGGAGAAAUGAAGGACAGGCUGGUUGAACUGGGAGGUGUUACCAAAGUCAUCCAAGAGGAAGACCCAGUAGAUAACAGCGAAGAUGUGGACAAUGGUGAACUUGAACAGCACGCAGUGGUGUUUCAGGGUGAAGACAUCAUUGAGCACACCUUCAGAGAAGCCCAAUCCAUCCAGAAAGAAAUCACCCAGCUCAGGAUUGAGGUAAAGAGACUGGGCAAAGAAAACGCUCGCUUUCUCACCUCAGUCAGACGCUUCAGCAUCAUCAAACGCGACUCUAACACGAUUGCAAAGAGCAUCAAAACAAAAGGGGAGAACCUGUAUGCUCGCAUACAGAAGAUGUCUGCACUUUGUAAAGAGUUUGAGGAGAAACAUGGACCCCAAUCGACUUUGGUCCGCAUGAUACGUGGCCAGCUAGUCUCAAUAACGGGCUCGUUUCACGAGGCUAUGAACGAAUACAACAAGGCUGAAAUGGUGCAGAGGGACAACUGCAAGACUCGCAUCCAAAGGCAAGCGGAGAUCAUGGGUAAAGAGGUGACUGGAGACCAAGUUGAAGACAUGAUCGAGACAGGCAAGUGGAAUGUCUUCUCAGACGACUUGCUCAUGGAUGGGCAAACCGCUCGCUCAGCGCUCAAUGAGAUCGAGAAUCGCCACAAGGAGCUUCUGGAGUUGGAGAGUCGCAUCAGAGACAUCCAUGAUCUGUUUUUCCAGUUGGCUUUGCUGGUGGAGGAACAGGGGCCCAUGGUGGACAACAUUGUGGCUAAUGUGUGUGCCACUGUGGACUUUGUGGCCAAAGCGACAUCUGAGAUAGAUAUUGCUGUGAAAUACCAGAAGAAAAACCCUUGUCGACGGCUCUUCUGUUGCUGUUUUCCAUGUUGCAAUAAGUGAUUUCAUUGUUCAUGCCAUGCUUUUCCAAUUUACAUGCGUUUACACAAGCCGUAGCAUAUUAAACGAACAACAGUCUUAUGUCCGUGCGCAACCCAAACUCAUGCUAGUGUUAAAGGAAUGUUCACCCAAAAAUGGAAAUUCUGUCAUCAUGUCGUUCAAAACAUUUUCCCCUUCUGUGGAGCACCAAAGGAUAUCUUGAUCACAGUGUUAGCCUCAGUCACCACUUACUUGUAUUGCAUUUCUUUAUACGCAGUACAAUGCAAGUGAAUGGUGAACACUUCUUUCUUUCAGAAUUACAUGAUGAUAGAAUUUACAUUUUUGGGCAAACUGUACCUUUUAACCAAAAGUCAUGUGAUUUACAGUGGCCUAUGUUAACCUGUACUCUCAUUCAAUAUUAAGGGGUAUUUCAUAACCCAUGGCCCAGUGCCCUUCCCUCAUUGGGUGUCACUGAAAUGUUUUGUGUCUUAACCACAGAAGCUGCAAUGCAGAUGAGUCAGUCAUGCUGCAAUCUUGCUACUGUUUUUUUACUGCGAGUGUCACAGGACAUUUACUUGAUGUGUAAAAGAUAUUAAACCGGAAACCAUAAGCGAAAAGUGUUUUUACACCCAUGUACAGUGCACAAGCAAAUAUUAUACAGAAUUAUGUUUUAUUUACUAUUUUAAAGUACAUUUGAGAAGGAUCUUAUGUGUGGUUUGUUGUAUUAAUUUAAUAAAUAUUUUUAUCUUUCA